AUGACUGCAUAUAAUUUGCCUUUAACAUGGGAGAGUGCAAAGAGUAUUCGACGGAAAACGAAGGACAUGGCAAACAGUCCACCGCAAUGGCGUCCUGAUGCUGCGAGUGAUUCGUGCCUUUGCUGUGGCAAUGACUUUUCAAUCUGGAUGCGUCGACGUCAUCAUUGCCGAGCCUGUGGAGAACUUGUUUGUGGUGAUUGUUCACCAUUCUCUGUGCGACUACCUGAGCUUGGUUACAAAGGCCGCGUGCGUGUGUGCACUCAUUGCCACGCACUGGCUGAAUCGGCGCUAGCUUCGUCUGGUUCCACGAACUCGCUGUUUGGCCUUGAGUCAGCGGCUGCAUCAAGUGAAUCGUCAGAUAGUGAGCCACCGGGUGAUGUUGAAGAGGAGCUUGUUUUCUGCGCGGUGGAAGUGUUGGCACAGACCUCACGCAAUAAACGUUCUAAAGUACAGUAUCAGUACUUUGUGCAGUCAGAGGCUGUGAGCUGGCUCAUGGAUGCUGGCAUUAUGUCAAACCGCACGGGAUGUGCUGCGCUGUUUCUGCGCUUGGUGGAGUAUGGCUACGUAACACUGAAACCCUGGAGCGGCACUGGUCGCAGUGCUUUUUACAUCUUGAGCGAGGAAGUAACGCUCGAGAAUCGUGCGUCGCACUAUGGUACCACCAUCCACUCGGAGACGAGCAAGUGCCACAAUUGCACACAAUCGUUUCAGAAAGCAUUCACACCGGCGGACGGCUUUUGCUCUAUUGACUGCAAGACGAACGCACUCAUCAGCCAGUCAGACUCGGCCCAUUUCCGCCUCUUCUGCAAUUGA